AGUGUAAAUUUGAUAUUGAAUGUUUAGUAUCGAUAGAUCAGUGCUUCAGCGAAUAACGUAUUUUUCAAUAUUAAAUUAUUAAUUUCAUUUUAAUUUAUAAAAAACCAAUAAAAGAAACAAAAUGAUGGAAACAACAUGGGUUCAUUCUGCUCCAGGUGCCCCUGUGCCACCACUAGCUGUGAUUGGUGGCCAUGACUGUGAUGGUUCGCCAAUAUAUGUAGGACGUGCAUUUCAUGAAGGAGACAACAUGCCCGCUAAAGUGGUGCCCAGUAAGGGAUGUGCAUAUAUUGCCUGGGGUGGUCUGGAACACGUAAAGACUCAUUACGAAAUAUUGGUGGGCCAAGGCUAUGGCUGGCAACCUUGUUAUGGUGGUGCUGUUCCUCCAAAUGCUGUACGUACCGGUAUGACAUGUACCGGAGAACCCUUGUACGUUGGCAGAGGUCAUCAAGGCAACAGCUUGUGCGUUGGCAAGAUACAACCUUCUCAUGGCUGUUUGUAUAUACCGUUCGGUGGCCAGGAGAUGCGUUUAAAUACAUAUGAGGUGUUGGUGUUUGAAAAUCGUGAAAAUUGGGUGGCUUCAACGCCCAACUACACUCCUCCUGGUGCUGUUGUAGCCGGACAUGAUACGGAUCGUGCUGUUAUUUAUGUUGGCCGUGCGAUGCACGAAGGAGAAAUGUUGCCAUGUAAAUUCAUACCCAGCAAGGGAUGCGCCUACGUCUGCUAUGGUGGCUACGAAGUAAACAAACGUAAUUUUGAAGUGUUGUGUGGUUACGGCUAUGCCUGGAUUAAGCCUCACCAUCAUGUCAUUCCACCUACAGCAGUGUCUACUGGUCGAUCUCGUAAUGGUGAACCAUUGUUUGUGGGUCGCGGUCACCAUAGUGGAAGUUUAACACCCGGUUUGGUAUCUGUCAGUCAAAGAUGUCUCUUCAUACCCUAUGGUGGUCGUGAAAUUCGAUUGAAUGAUUACGAAGUUCUGAUCAAACAAUAGAAGAGUUGAAGUAGUCGAUAUUGAAAUUGAAUUGCAUGUGAAGAAAUAUAAAAACUAAAAUUGGAAUGUAACAAUGUUAAAAUUAAAAUAAAACCAAAGAACAAAGCCA